AUGGCCAGGGCGGCGCUCGAUGCCAAGCCGCACGCUGCGCUCGUUUGGCACCGAUCCGUGCGCAGCCUCGUUGUCGGGGCCUACGCGGAGGCGUCGGACGACCUGCACCAGCUGUUCGACUGUGUGGAGGCGCGGUCCUACUUCGCUACGACGCUGCGGCGGGCGUGGGGCGUGCACUUUGCGCGCGAGUUCGCGCGGCACCGCAUCCGACGCGUGGUGUUCGUGGGGGCCCCGCGGCGACAGCCGGGCAGGCCUCUCGCGACGGCCGAUGGCGACUGGCCGGCGCUCUCGGCGGGCGAGUUUGCGGCGCACGCGCUGCGCGUAGGCGGCGCGUGGGCAGGUGGCCCGCCCGGCCGUCGGUGA